AUGGAGCCGUCCUCCUUCUUCUCACCCCCGUCGUUGUUCAAGCACUUUGCCGGAACCAAUGGUGAGACCACAACCCAAGGUCUAGAUGGGCUAGCCCAGCGUUGCCAAAAGUACUAUGAAGCUGGUGCCAGGUUCGCAAAAUGGCGUGCUGUCCUCAAGAUUGGUCCCAAUGAGCCAUCUCAGCUGUCCAUAAACGAAAACGCUAAUGGCUUGGCUCGGUAUGCUAUCGUUUGCCAGGAGAAUGGCCUAGUCCCCAUCGUUGAGCCAGAGAUCUUGGUUGAUGGACCCCAUGACAUCGAGAAGUGUGCUGAUAAAAAUAUGGCUCAGCAGAAGGUGGUCCUCAAGGUCAUGACGAUGACUGAUGACAAAACAAAGCAGAAAGCCAUUGAAGCUGCCGCUGAUAUAUUUGGGAUUGAUUCAAUAGCAGCAGAUCUAAAGGACCAGAAGGUUGUUGUUGGCUUGGGGGUCUCGGCGCUGUUGGCUCGGUGUCGAGAUCGGUAG